AUGGAUUUUUUGAAUAGCUCCAUCCUGGAGGAUGGGAUAGAGGCAGGGAAUAUCUCCUCUAAUUUCACCUCCCAGAGCCAGUACACCCAGCUGGCUAUCUGGGGUCUGGCCGGACUUGUCAGCUUUCUGAUUCUGUUUACAAUAGUCGGGAACGUCUUGGUUGUUAUCGCCGUUUUAACCAGCAGAGCCCUGAAACCACCACAGAAUCUUUUUCUGGUCUCCCUGGCCAGUGCGGACAUACUGGUGGCCACCCUGGUCAUGCCCUUUUCUCUGGCAAAUGAACUCAUGGGCUACUGGUUUUUCGGAAAAAUUUGGUGCGACAUCUACCUGGCUCUGGACGUUUUAUUCUGCACCUCUUCUAUUGUUCACCUGUGUGCCAUUAGUUUGGACAGGUACUGGUCGGUGACACAGGCGGUAGAGUAUAACUUAAAGAGAACGCCUAAAAGAGUUAAAGGGAUGAUCGUGGUGGUGUGGUUGAUCUCGGCCGUCAUCUCCUUCCCACCGCUGAUAUCAAUGGACAGGAGCAGCAGUGAAUCCAAUCCUCAGUGUAUCCUGAAUGAUGAGACCUGGUACAUCCUCUACUCCAGUAUUGGCUCAUUCUUUGCACCCUGUGUCAUCAUGAUCCUGGUCUAUAUUCGCAUCUACCAAGUGGCAAAGACCAGGACCAGAACAAUGUCGGAGAAGAAGAGGGAUGUGGACUCGCCACUGGAGAACGGGAUGGACCAAGCCGAACCAGGCAGAGGAGGGUCGCUGAAGUCCAGCAGGGACGACAGCAUGAAAGACCAUGAACGUGGGAACGGACACUGCCAGGAGCAAGCGGUUCGAUCCCCUCUGUCGAACGAGGGCAAACAUCCAGCGACAGAUCACGAUGACGACUUCGAAGACAGCAGCUCGUCGGACGAGAAACCUAAGAAAAGUUCCAUUUCCUCCAAACAUCACCGCGACGACAGAAAAGACAGGAAGUCCAGCCGGAAAAGCAGUUCCGCCUCAAAAUACUCCAGCAGGAAGUCGCGUGCCAGUUCCAAGUCUAUGGAGCUGUUCUCAUCUCGCCGCAAACGCCGGAGCACCGUCAAUAGGAAGAAAAUCUCCGCAGCUCGGGAGAAGCGCUUCACCUUCGUCCUCGCCGUCGUCAUGGGGGUUUUCGUUGUGUGCUGGUUCCCGUUCUUCUUCUCCUACAGUCUGUAUGGGAUCUGCCGGGAGCCGUGCCAAAUCCCUGAGACGCUGUUCAAAUUCUUUUUCUGGAUCGGUUACUGUAACAGCUCUCUAAACCCGGUCAUCUACACCAUCUUUAACCAGGACUUCCGCAGAGCCUUCCAGAAGAUCCUCUGUAAGUCAUGGAAACGCUCUUUCUGA